UCUCACACACUCUCUCUCUCUCUCUAUCUGUCUCUCACACACACACUCUCUCGCUCUUACACACACUCUCUACCUUGAGCACUUCUCCAGACUCCCGCAGAAGCUGCUGAUCAUGCGAGUGCUGAGCGCUCUGCUCGCCGUGUGUGUUUUGGCCGGGUGUGUGAGAGGAGACUCCAACAUCACAGAGUCUCCAGGACAGACUCCAGGACUGACUCCAGGACAGACGCGGCUGAAGUCCAGCUUCCAUCUGUAUGCCGAGGGCUCGGUGUUCGAGGAGACCUGCGCCCUGGUCCCGUUCCGUCCCAAAAGCCUCCAGAGGUGCGGAUACAACGCAAGCCUUCCACUGGUGCUGAUCAUCCACGGCUGGACGAUGAACGGACUCAUGGAGCAGUGGAUCUUCAAUCUGGCGUCUGCACUGAAGGUCCGCCUCCAGCAGGUCAACGUGCUCAUCAGCGAUUGGAGGAUUCUGGCCCUUCAGCCGUACCCAAUCGCAGCCAAGAACAGCAGACAGGUGGGCCGGGACGUGGCCACGCUGCUCCAAUGGCUGGAGGAAGCUGGUAAUCUCUCUCUGGAUCGAGUCCAUCUGAUUGGCUACAGCCUGGGAGCGCAUGUGGCUGGGUUUGCGGGAAGCCAUUUCAGAGGACGCAGGAAAGUGGGACGCAUUACUGGUCUGGAUCCGGCCGGGCCGCACUUCGAAGGUUUGCCGGCGUUCGAUAGACUGUCUCCGGACGACGCUCAGUUUGUGGACGCCAUCCACACCUUCACCACAUCCAGCAUCAUGCCGGGAGUGGGAAUCAAGCAGAGCGUCGCGCACGUGGACUUCUAUCCCAACGGAGGAUCCUCUCAGCCCGGAUGCAAGAUGCUCGACAUCUACAGUAACGUCUUCCAGUACGGCCUGCAAGGUGUUCCCAAGACCAUUAAAUGUGCCCACGAGCGCGCAGUAAAACUCUUCACCGACUCCUUGAUCAACGCCAGCCAGCCCAUAAUAGGCUACCGUUGCCGUGACUACAGCACCUUCAACAAAGGCCUGUGUCUGGACUGCAAACAGAUGCGCUGCAACACGCUAGGCUACGAUGUGAGGCACGAGCGCGCGGGGAGGAACGCUAAAGGGCUGUACCUGAAAACCGGCCCUGAAGCUCCAUAUAAAGUGUUUCACUACCAGAUCCGAGUCCAGCUGACGAACCUGAUGGAGCCGGUCGAGACCUCGCUGUUGGUGUCGCUCAACGGGACCCGGGGCCUGGCCCGAGACCUUCCCCUCAGCCUCUAUCAGGAGCGCAACCGUCCAAAGGCCUUCACUUCAUUGGCUGCGGUGGCCGCUGAUCUGGGUCACCUGACGUCCAUCAGACUGGUCUGGAAGGGAGAGCUGGUCUGGUCAAACUGGCUGAGGCGCGUCAGGAACAUCAUGAGCUGGAACGGACCCGAUCAGGACCUGGAACUCAGUGUAUGGAGGAUCCGGAUUAAAUCUGGAGAGAGUCAGGAAAAGAUGUGGUUCUGUGGUGUUUCCGCUAAGGUCACGCUUCUGAAGGCCUCAGAGGAGCAGGAGUUCAGACGCUGCAGAUCCUCGUCGAGGACGAAGACACAGACAUGAAGACUCACAGCCAUUCAACCCAGUCUUUUUAUUAAUGCAUUUCAAGUACUCCAAAAAAAUUACAUCUCUUUGCACAAUACGUUUUGAAAUGUUACGUAAAAAUGUUCAAAGUGAACAAAAAUUUAGGUACUGUAUAAAACACAGUGAACAUUAACAGACAGCAGUAUUAAUCUUUUUUGUUCCUUCGUUUCUCAGUUUUAGUGUUCGGCCUAUUUUCACCUACAACAUUUGGACUCGAUUAAGACUUCUUUUUUUUUCAGUGCACUUUUCCUCUAUGAAAUUUCACCAAGACUACGUAAAAAUUAAAAGUCAAAUACAGGCAAAUAUUUAGAUGUCCUCCAGUCCAGGCCGCCGCAAAACCACAGAAGCGCCGCUCUGUUUCUUCAUGGCAGAUGGCAGUAUGGAAAAGAAGAACCGGAUGUGGCUCGGCGGCCGGCCUGGACUCGACAAACUCUUGUCUGGAGGUGAACAAAAGA